UCCUGGGUAGAGGAGCUCCGAGGAGCUUCGCCAGGCGCACGAAGUUCUGUGAGGAGGCUCGUGUGAGGGGUUGGGUCUCCUGUUCCUUCGCAACGUGAGAAACGUUUGUUAACCCGGCGGACAGCAGUCUCGAGGAACUUGCAACCCACAACAUGGCCGUGGAUUUCACCUUAGAUAACUGGGAGCAGCUGGGGAUGAGCCAGGGGGACCUGUUCUGGGACACAGCACUGGACAACUACCAGAACCUCUUCCUGCUGAACCCCCCAAGACCCAGCCCAGCAUCCCAUCCCAGUGGUGAAGAAGCAUUGGAGGCCCCGGUGAGAGGAAGCCCAGCAGCUGUAGACCCUGGCAUGCCAGAGAUAAAGAACUCACGUCAGAAGCAGAAUUUCUUAGAAGAAGGACUCCCCCAGGAAAUUAUGGCAGUGUUCUGCAAGGACAACCCUUGGAACUCUCGCUUUGAAGUCUGCCUAGAUGAGAGCUGGUUGGAGAAUUUGUUGGAAAGUCCGGAAAGUGUUCUGAGGUCUGAUGUCACCAGUAAGGAAAGGACCACGGAAUGCACGAGUCACGAAAUGAAGAGCCGCCUGAGUCCUCGCCUCCUUUCCACAGGAGAGGGCUCUGUGAUGCAUAGUCCUGAAAAGAGCCUCACACCAGCUAAGUCAAAGGAGUAUAGGAGUGACUUUGCCUGGGAACCAGACCAGAGGCAGCAGGACGCUAUCCAGGGAGAGGAGCAGCUAUAUAAGUGCAGUGAAUGUGCGGAAAGCUUCAGCCGGGGUUACCACCUUAUCCAGCACUGGAUCACCCAUAUGAGCGAAGAGCCAUCUGCACAUCGAGAGGGCCAGAGAGAUUUCAGCCUCACUUCUCACUUGACUGUGCGUCCUAUGCCCCACAGAGGCUACCGACCCUUUGUAUGUAAGGAAUGUGGGAAAACCUUUAGUGGGAGUGUGCACCUCAAGCAGCAUCAAGAAAUUCAUACUAGAGAAAAGCCAUGUAAGAGUCAAAGUGACAACUGUACAUCCAGUCAUCGUGGACAGCCUGUUAAGUGUCAGAAAACCCCUCAGUCCUACAGAUGUAAGAAGUGUGACAUGACUUUCACUUCGGCCCUUCAUCUUAUUAGGCACCAGAAAACCCACACUCAGAAGCACUAUGAAUGUACCAUAUGCCAGGCAGUCUUCCCCUUGAGGAAGCAUUUCAUCCAACAUCAGAAAACUCAUGCUGCAAAAACUACUUCUGAGUGUCGGGAGUGUGGGAAGACCUUCAGGCGGAGAUUGUCACUCAUUAAACACCAGACUGUUCACACUGGGGAGAAGCCUUACAAGUGCGAUGAAUGUGGGAAAGCCUUCAGCCACACCUCCACCCUGAAGAUCCACCAGAAGGUUCAUAGCAGAGAGAGACCUUACAAGUGCAGUGAGUGUGAGAAAGCCUUCUCCCGGAAAACUCACCUCCAUGAACACCAGCAGGUUCAUACAGGCAGCAGACCCCACAAGUGUCAGGAGUGUGUCCGGAGUUUUAGCCGACCCUCACACCUGAUUCGACACCAGGCCACUCAUGCCACUAACAGGCUCUUUGGCUGUGCCAAAUGCAAGCAGACCUUCAGCAAUAAAGAGUACCUGGUGCAGCACCUGAAAACCCACACCAUCGAAGCCCCCUAUGAGUGUCCAGAGUGUGGAGAACGCUUCGUUUGCAGCUCAACCCUGAACUGCCACUUGAGUGUCCAUGCCAGAGAAAAGCAAAGAUCUGAUGCGAACAGGAAAGUUUCAGACCAGAACACAGGACAGAGAGAGCACCCAAAGCUUGACGAGAAAUCCUUUAAGUGCGACCAAUGUGGAAAAGCAUUUAACCGCAACAGAUACCUCACUCAGCACAAGAAGAUUCACACCAGGGUGAAGCCCUCUGAAGGCAGCCAGUAUGGAAAAGCCGUCAGCCAGAGCAUGCAGCUCCUGUGCCAUCAGAGAAUGCAUUCCGGGGUGGGGCCCCAUGAACAUGGUGAGGACGGGAAACUUGUCCCCAGCACCUCCCUCCCAGGACAUCAGCCUCCUCAAGACAACCACCCCUUUAAAUGUAAUGAAUGUGGCAAGUCCUUCAGCCAAAGCGCGCACCUCUUAGAACAUCGGUUAAUUCACACUAUAAAGAAGCCCUUCAGAUGUAAUGAAUGUGAUCAGGUCUCCACGCAGAGUAACUACCUCAUUCAGCACCAGAGAACUCACGUCACAACGAAGCACUUUUUGUGUAGCGAGUGUGGGAAAGUGUUCCGUCAGAGUUCAUGCCUCGCUAAGCACCAGAGAACUCACACAGGAAAGAAGCCUUUUGAAUGUGGUGACUGUGGGAAAGCCUUUGGCGUGAAUGCUGAACUCACCCGACACCAGAGAGUUCACACGGGGGAGAAGCCUUACGUUUGUCAGGAGUGUGGGAAAGCCUUCAGCCAGAGCUCAUGCCUUUCUGUUCACCGGAGAGUUCACACGGGGGAGAAGCCCUACCUGUGUAACGAAUGUGGGAAAGCCUUUGCCCAGAAAACUAAUCUAACUCAGCAUGAGAGGAUUCACACUGGGGAGAAGCCUUAUAUCUGUGGUGUGUGUGGCAAAGCCUUUGGCCUCAGUGCCCAUCUCAGUCAGCACCAGAGAAGUCACACCCAGGAGAAGCCUUACCAGUGUCAACACUGUCAGAAACCUUUUAAGUGCUUUUCUGCCCUCAUCAGACACCAACGACGACGUCACGCUCAGACGUCACGCUCAGAAGUAGCAAGCAGCAAUACUGUUCGUAGCCAUUAGGUGGUAACAGUUCCAGAUAUGCAAACAUUCCUCUGAGGUCAGAUUUGAAGGCAGCACAUUGCAAGCUUCCUCUCCCAGAUUAAUAUGUCUCUUUACUGAUAAAGAUUGAUUAGAAAGCUUGUACGAGAGUUUUAUUAAAACAUAAAAAUGGAGAAGCCGUGUAACAUUGGGAUUCAGAAGUAUACCCUGGAGCCAGCCUGUCUUGAGUUAGAUGCUUCCUGUCAUCUACCGCCCUAAGUGACCUUGGGAAAGUCUUAAAAUGUCUCAGGGCCUCAAUGUCUUAAAAUCUGUAAAAUGAGUAUCAUAGUCAUCUACCUCAGUACUGUUGUGAACUUGGAAUAAAUAAAUGUUGGAACCAAUGCCUGCACAUAAUGAGCACUCAGCUAGUGUGAGCUAUGAAUACAUGUUUUACAUUAAAAAAACUAGUAAUCUGUUUACUACAGUUGAUGUUCUCUGUGCACAGCUUUUAAGGUUUUUUUUUUUUUUUCAAGUUUUUUUUUUUAGCAUCUUAUUCC